GUUUCUGCAAACUGUUAAAAAUUGAAAUGUAACUUCAUUGCAUACAAGUGAAGUAUUGAAGUAUAUUUUGGCAUAACUACAUUAUCCAUAUAACCAUGAAGGCUGUACGACGUAGAAUUGGCGAUGCGUUGAUGGAAGGCUGUGUCUGGUUUAAAGAGACCUCAAGUCCCUUCCAUUUUUAUUUUCGUCGUGAAACAACAACUGUAAAUAAUAUGCACCAUGGAUUUCAAGGACUCACGCCCUAGACUUUCGAGCAGAAUGUUCGAUGAGUUAAGUAAAUCCUCAUCUGUGUCGACGGAAACUUUCCCAAGUCUCGUUGAAUCACCUCCUUUUGUUACUUUUCCAAGACCAAACUUUAUGUUUCCAUUGGAUAAAUAUGUACCAGAUGAAGAAAGCUCGAGAGAACAGCUCCUGCAACACGAAAGACGAUCUAGCGGCCCAAGAGUACCAUUGGUGUCAGAAAGUAGAACCAACUCAACUUGGAAAUGGAUCCUGGUCUUCGGCGGAUUGUCUAUAGGAGCAUUUCUAGCUGGGCUCGAUGCCACCAUAGUCGCCGACGCACAGGGGCCCAUUCUGCAAAGUCUAGGAGAAAUUGAAAAGGUUGCUUGGAUCGGUGUGGCUGACCCACUUGGAUCUGGAGCUACUAUCCUACUUAUCGGUUCUUGCUAUGGUAUCUUCCAGAUCAAAUACAUGUACAUGUUAAGUAUGUUGCUAUUUGAGGUAGGAAGUGCAAUUUGUGGAGCCUCGACUUCAAUGAACGUCAUGAUAGUUGGUCGGAUUAUGGUGGGUAUUGGAGGAGCGGGGAUUGAUUUAGGAGCUCUUAACUACCUUUCCAAAUUCACACCUCCUCGUACCAGACCCAUCUACAACGCAAUCCUUGGAAUCUCCUUUGGGCUCGGCAACAUUCUUGGUCCAGUAAUUGGCGGCGCUUUUGCGAACAAUCCGGCUCUCGGGUGGCGUUGGUCUUUCUAUAUCAAUCUCCCUCUCGCUGCAAUCAUGGCACCCCUAUUCCUCCUUCUUUUACCGAAACACAACCCCAUGCGUUCCAUCUCAAUCUCACAGAAACUAAAACUCAUUGAUAUCGUCGGUUUCGUUUUACAUGUUAUCGUAUGGGCUUCCUUUCUCGUUGGGGUCACAAUGGGUGGUUCAACUUGGUCCUGGUCAUCCAUUCCUUCCAUCGCAGUCUGGACACUCUUCGGGGUUUCUCUUUUCUGCUACGUUAUCCAACAAUCUCUUUGCCUUCUUACCACUUUUUCCCAUCGCAUUUUCCCAGUUCAUUUCCUCCGUUCCCGAACACUUGUUCUUCUUUUUAUCGCUACUGCUGCGACAAUGACAGCACUCGUCAUACCUAUCUUCUACAUUCCUCUUCUUUAUCAAUUCGCGCAUGGCUCAUCUCCUAUGGCAUCAGCACUUAACUUGAUCCCCGCAAUCUCAGCCUUCUUCAUCAUCAUCUUAUGCACAGGUGCAUUGCUCCCGCGAAUCGGCUACUACAAAGCUAUCUAUAUUCUCGCCUCAGCCUUCAUGAUUGUCGGUGGAAUAUUUAUGAGUCGAGUCAAUAUCAAUACGCCAAACAGAAAAAUUUAUCUUUACUCUAUCCUAAUUGGAAUAGGAGUAGGGAUGGUCUUCCAAAUAGCCUAUGAUAUUGGUAUGAGUGAAGUGACAUUGAUGGGUGCACAGGAUACCACAGCCACCGAAGAAUCAGGCGGCGACGAGCAAAAACUUAUUGCGUAUAUAAACGUCGCGCAAGUGGGCUGUGCGGGUAUUGCACUUAGUAUUGCGGGAUGCAUGUACCAAAAUUUGGGAGUGAAGAAGCUUCAAGAGGUUUUCGGAGAUGGGGUUCCGGUGGAUAUCAUCAGGGAAACUUUGGGUGGGUUGAAGAGUGAGGGGUUAGGAGAUAUGGAAACUGUUGAUGGGGAUAUUAUGAAGGGUGUAUUAGAUGCAGUGGUGGCGACUGUGGGGAAUGUCUAUUGGCUGGUUAUUGUAGCGGGUGUGGUGUGUGCAAUUUGUGGUCUGGGUAUGAAGUGGGAAAGGGUGGUUUUGGAGCCAAAAUUGGAGGGAAAUAGGAGAUUUAAUGUUCAUUAUGAAGCUAUCGCCUGAGAUUGUGGAGGACUAUGUUCAUUGUGUAACGUGGUCGAUUCA